AUGCUCGAUUCCUUAGGGGGCCUCAAUGGGAGUCUCUUCGGUUUCGAAAGCAGUGAUUCGUCGGGAGGCUUCGGCGGCCUAGGAGCUUCGAUACAAAACCGUGAUACCUCAUCAUCACCACUCGGAUCAAAUUCCUGGCUCUUCUCAUCACAGAGCCUCUUCUCUUCGCUCGUGCCACAGCUUCAAUCGUCAGACAUUGGAGCACAAAUCGACAAUAAGGCUCUCCACUCAGACAACCCAUUCUCCGGGCUUUCCGUAUUGGCAAACCUGAAAACAACGAACACUGCCACCACGACGCCCUUCGACCCAGUACCAUUGACGAUCUCCGAAUUGACCGGAGUUCCCCUAAAACAGAUGCCUCAAUCGCCCCACAGCCGUGCCACCGGUGGGGUGGUAGCGGCUCGACGAGGUAUGACCUAUACUGUGGCUUCUCCUGGUGCACCAGGAGCUCCAAUUGCUACUCCCCUUCAAACAGCGAACGCGCAAGCGGCACCGAAAAACCCGAAACUCUACAAAACCGAGAUGUGUCGAACGUGGAUGGAGCAGGGACGCUGCAACUAUGGCGAACGGUGCCAAUACGCGCACGGCGAGCACGAGAAGCGCUAUGUACCCAGACAUCCCAAGUACAAAACCGAGAUGUGCCAGUCGUUCCACAAAACCGGAUACUGCCCCUAUGGACAUCGGUGUCACUUCAUUCACAGUGAGACCGAGCUCCAACACCAUCAACGGGACCGUGAGGUGAACCUGCGCGCUAAUUUGAACAACUUGACACCGCUGCCCAUCGCCCCGCCCAACCAACUACUCGGACAGUCGCUACUCUCUUCGGGCUCACCACUCCUCAGCCAUCUCUCACAAACGGGUUACGGAUCCGCCGGCGAAAGCCCAUCGAGCUCAAAUGCCGACAGCGGCUCAGAAUCGCCCGCUGGCUCCUUCUCACCGGGUCUCGACCUCGAUGAGGCGUGCUUGAACCCGUUGGCAGCUGCCUUUGGCCUCAGUCAGACGAGCCGCAUGCUCCCAUACGGAGGGUACAUGAUGCCCCAUCUUGCCGCUCAUCACCUGGCGCCUCAGCGUUUCCUCCCCGGACAGGGCGGAUUCACGGAUCAUUUCCCUGGAACGAGUCCGACCUCAUCUUCAUCAACGACGACAAAGGCCGAAGAGGAGAAAGAUGACAGUCGUAUGGGUGCCCUGCUCGAAGACAUUGUUGCCUGGUCUGUCGAAGAGAGACCCGAAAAACCCGGUCGUCUUCCGACUCCGAUUGGGUUAGAAGAUAGCGACAGCGAGAAUGAGCGCUUUAAAAGGUGCUCCGUUCAUAUACAGAGCUGGACCUAUAUAUUCUGCGGUAUUUCAAUAUUCCUCUGCAUCGUAGCGAUGUCAGUUGGGACGAUGGCCCUCAUCUGGCCGGAAUGGCAUGAAUGGCUGAGCAUCUACCGUCAAUAUUUAGCCUACCUACGUCGUAGUGAUCCAUCAUUAUAUUGGUUCUACUACAAAAUCUUUUUUACAACAUGGAUACUGAUCCAUGUAACGCAUUUUAUCACGAUCAUUUUGACGAUCGUUGGUAUCCAGCUCGUUCGCCCGGCACUACUCCUGCCACAGCUCUUUCACCUCAUGGUCCAUUUGGGAGUAUUAUUCUUAUUAUUGGCAGGGAUUCUCAUCAUAUGUUCAACCGCAGCGAAAGCAGCCUGGUUUAGUAUAUUUCUUGUAAUAACUCUUCUAACUCCCGUUUGCGCCAACUUAUAUGUGCUAGUCGUAUUCCACGAAUUCUUAUACGAGAAAUACGAUGCAUGGCUGACCGUCAUGGCCAACACUAAACAAGUGCAUUUUAAGGAAAAG